AUCUUCACCUUUUCUGUGGGCCAGCAUAACUAUGAUAAGACACCAAUUCAAUGGAUGGCUUGCAAUAACAAAGGUUAUUAUUAUGAGAUCCCCUCGAUUGGAGCCAUCAGGAUCAACACCCAGGAGUACCUGGAUGUGUUGGGUAGACCCAUGGUGAAAGAAUACAAGAAAGCAAAGAGUGUACAGUGGACCAACGUUUAUGUGGACGCUCUAGAAUUGGGCCUUGUGAUUACAGGCACUCUGCCAGUGUUCAAUAAGACCAGCACCAGGAAGAGUCAAGACAAGAAUAAGGCCCAGAGCCAGUUGAUUUUGGGGGUGAUGGCCAUAGACGUGUCUCUGGAUGACAUCAAGAGACUGACUCCACAUUACACUCUCGGACCAAAUGGAUAUUACUUCGCCAUCGACCCCAACGGCUACGUGCUACUUCAUCCCAACCUUCAGCCAAAGGAUCUCAAGUCUCAAGAACCCGUGACAUUGGACCUCUUGGAUGCAGAACUGGAGGAUGAAGUAAAGGUGGAGAUCAGAAGUAGUAUGAUAGAGGGUCAGAAGGAUCAAAAGAGAUUCCAAACACUUAUGAAGUCUCAAGAUGAGCGUUACAUAGACAGAGGCAUCAGAACCUACACUUGGGGUCCAGUCCAUGACACAGACUACAGUCUCGCUUUAGUUCUACCUGAUUACAGUGUCAGCUACAUCAAGGCCACUAUAGUAGACACCAUCACUCAGGCCAAAUCUUGGAAUGUCUCAGAAAAUCCCGAAGAAGCUGUUUUUGAAAGCCUGCAUGUGGACAGAUUUGAAGAGUAUGGAUAUACUUUAAUAGCACCCAGAGAUUACUGCACAGACCUGAAAGCUCAGAGUGACAACAACACACAAUUCCUCACAGACUUCAUUGAGUACAUUGACAUUCAUACCCCCAACCACUCGCCGUGUAAUAUGGAGCUAAUAAACAGACUGCUGCUGGACGCUGGCAUCACCGCUGAACUGGCCAAACACUGGAACAAACAGGGGCAGAAUGAGAGAAUCAGGGCUAAGUUUGUGGUGACAGACGGCGGAGUCACUAGAGUCUAUCCUGCGAGUGCUGGUUCAGAAUGGACUGAACAGGCAGAAACAUACAAGUCUAGUUUCUACAAGAGAAGUCUGGACAACAACAUUUUUGUAUUUACGUCAUCGCCAUAUGCAUUCAAUGAAACUCAAGAUUCUAUUUUAGUGAGCAGAGCGAUGGACCUGAGAGUUGAUGAAUUCAUGCUGAAGCCAGCAGUGGUUGGUGUAAAACUGGAUAAACAGACUUGGAUGGAAAGCUUCAUCAACGCUACGAUUACGCCCAAAUGUGUUGGGGAAAUCUGUGGGUGCAGGAGGGACGAUAGUAAUCUGGACUGCUUUCUUCUGGAUGAUGGAGGCUUUCUUGUCAUGACCAAUAAGGACCUCUAUAUCAAUAAGAUCGGACAGUUUUUCGGGAUGAUUGACCCCAGCCUAAUGAGGAAUCUGAUAAACGAAUCCCUGUUCUCCGUCAACAUAACCUAUGACUACCAGGCCCUCUGUGAACCCACCAAAGAAACUAAAGCCGCCGCUGGUCUCAGAUCAGUCUAUGUGCCCACCAUAGCUGACAUCCUGACCAUUGGUUGGUGGGCUUCUGCAGCAGCCUGGUCAAUAUUGCAGCAGUUGUUUGUCAGCAUCACAUUUCCUAACUUCCUUGAGGCAGCGGACCUAGACGAUGACCUGUCUGAAAUGCCAUCUAAAGAGAGUUGCAUUAAAGAGCAGAAACAGUAUUUCUUUGAGAACGAUGAGACAACUUUUAAGGGGACUAUUGAUUGUCAGAACUGCUCCAGGCAGUUCAUAGCUGAAAAGCUUCCGAAGACAAAUCUGGUGCUUAUUGUUGCCGACACAAAAGAACCGUGUUGCCAGGCUGAUGAAAGAUUUUUCUCCCAGGAAGAAAAGCCUUCUCCAGGUCCAGAUCCCUGUGAGAUAGCCCAGAACCCACGCUAUCGGAAAGGUCCGACACAGUGCUUUGAAAACAACGCAAGUGAGCAGAAUGAGGAUUGCGGUGGGGCGUCGAGUCUGAGUCCAUCUAUCGUGUCCAUGGUCAUCCUCCAGCUGCCGCUGCUCUGGCUUCUGAUUGGACGAGGACACUGCCUCUCGUGACCUCAGCAUAGAGACGCCACACCCCUCUUUGAUGCCAAAACUUACAUUUAAACGUUCAUCUGGACUCCCACGCUACAGCCCAGCACAUGGAGGGAGAGGCUCUGACCCAGGAAGUACAAAACCCAAGCCGCGAUCACUCACAGCCUUUGAGGUCAAAGUAGGUCGAAGAUGAUAAAUGAGCAACGACCUUUGACAUUUGACCCGUGAGGUCAGACUCUCUCCACAUGAGCGACAGGGUGGGCAGACCUUGACACUUCAUCGUCACAUCGCUAUGAAGAAAUGUCCUGUUUUUAAAACGAAAAAAAAAUUAUCCAAUCACAACACUGCCAACCAAAAUUUCGCCCUUUACUGGUGUGAUGCCUUUUUUAACCUAUUUGUCCUUCAACAUAUUUACACGGCUAAUUCCUCAGUAUUACAAACUGUUCGUGUGUGACUUUUAUGGUUUGCCCUGCUGAGAUCUUUAAUGGACCCCUCCGGGUUGGGUCAAAAUCCAGCCAUGUUUGUGGUCUGCAAUCCAUUACUGGACCCGAUGCAAAAGUCUCUUGUUUUUCCCAGUGGUCUCCACCUCUGUGCCUCGGGAAUAUCGGUUUAAUUUCAGACCGCCGUUUUAUAGUAAACAAUCCCUCCCUCCAUUUGUCCGUGGGUACCUGUAUUCGCUAUUUUUUAUCGUCCCAUAGUGCAUUUCAAAUGCGCACUGCUGCCAAACGUUACCCUGUGUGUGGUCUUGCUGUACUUUGCCCUUGAUGCCAAGCAGGUCGUGUGGCCAAACAGCCCUUUGGUUCUUAUUUAGGGCUUUUUAAAUGACUGCCGAUUCGUACCGACCUAAACGCUCGCAAAGUUAUGUGUCCUGGCUGUGAAUAUGCAAGAAAAACCUGCUGUUGCAUUUGUGUGUGGGUGUGGGGUUUUUUUUUUUUUUUUUUUUGGUGCAUUAGCUGUUUAUUUGAGAUUAAGUUAUUGAAAAUGAGCUAAGAGUUUUCUGCUGUAUGUUUAAUGUUGAGUUUUAUGUGCUAUGUUUAAUGUUUGUGUGUGGAUAUGCAGAUGUUAAAGGGUGAAAGGCAUUUAUGACAUAGUUGCUCUUUCCCACACUUUAAUUUCAUCUGGAGAACUCGAAAAGGUGUAAAGAAAAUGAUCUAAUGUUUACAGAUAUUUUGAGACACUCGAGAGAGUUUUUAUAAGAAAUGUUGCCCCUGGUUGUGUUGUCUGAGUCUCUGAUGUGUCGUUUUUCACUUUAAUGUCAGAGGCAGAGCUCUGUCAGCCUUUCUUUCCUGUCAACGUGCCUUGAUGUGAAUGGAUUCAUAAAAAAAAAAAUAAGCGAAGGAAUAUCACAAUGUGCAAUCUGACCCAGAGAAAUGCAAAAUAUCGGCAUUCUGAUCUGAUGAAAAAUUAAACUUACGUCCCUUUAAGAGGUCCUGACUGGAUCUUUGUGCCUUAUUGAAAUCUUGGCCAAAAUCCAACAUUUAUGGAAUAAUUACGAUUUUGAGAAGAGACAAGAAUAAUUACAGAAGCCCUGGACUGCUCACAAAUUGAACGUUAUA